AUGGUCCUGUUUAAACGGAAGCCGGUUCAAUACCUCCCCCGACCGGUCAUUGAAGAUGACAACUCCGAGGUCUGGGUCAUCCCGGAGACCAGUGAAAUCUUCAUGAGCUAUGAGCCGUAUCUCCAGCGCAUGGACUUUUACAAGCAACGUCGUUUUAUUUGUGAAAUUACGGGUCAUUCGGGUUUGAACUUUUUUGAGGCCCUGCGGAGCGAGAUGGAGGAAUCGCGUGAAGUGAAUAAUAGCUUCCCCGAAGCUUUGAAAGAGCCUAUUCUGCGACGGAUUCAGUUUUCAACGACCUCACGCGUUGAUAACUUGGUGGAUGAGAUCUUUGAAGAAUUUAAGCAGGACUUUUACCCUGGAGAGCCUGUCCUGAUCUUGUUGGAAGAUACUACGAGACUUCAUGGUAUAAUUAGGGAUAAGGCCAACUUUGCUGAGCAGCUUUAUGCUGAUGGAACUAUCAAGACUCCAGCGUAUGCCCGGUAUUUGGUAAAACUUGCAGACCGACACAAUGAGGAGGCUCUUCUGGAUCAAGACCACAUCACUCGUGAUCGGAAGGCAUUUACCAAGUUGAUGCUUCGGGGUUUCAUCAAGAAUAACGUGACUCGAGAGUCUUGGACCGGUGCGCCUUGGCUGGUCAAGCCAUCAGUUGCUGAAGAAUACAAGAUCUCUACCGAGGUGCCUAAGCAUUUACAAUACGGCGCGAAGGUGGCCGAGAAGAAGGCAAUGAAAAAGGCAGAUCAAGACGGCUUCUUUGGAUUUUUCUCAUCCCAGCAACUGCCUGAAUUGAAACCGGCUGUCAAGGGACAGAAAUCUAAAAUGUCUGCACAAGAAAUGGCCAAGUCACGCGAAGCUCAGUAUCAGGAGUACCAGCGAUCCCUGAACGGGAACCCAUCAUUUCUGUCACCAUCAAACCCCUUGCGUCCAACUAAACCGCCGCUGGUCGGUGACAAGAAAAUGCCUCCCCCUGCGGUCGUGAUCAAGAAUGAGUCCAGGCCGCCAUCUCCACCACCAAUCAAAUACCCGAUUGAAGACUUGGAACUUGCGCCGCGCCAUGAUAAAAACCCGCGCCCUACAUUGAAGUUUUUGAUGCUCGGUGAUUCGGAUGACGAUGGAGCGGAGGACCUUCUGCCCGAUGACCUCGAGCCUGAAUCUGUUGGGUUGCUACUUGAAACCUGGGAUACUCUCAAUGUUUAUUGUGAAGUAUUCCAGCUGGACUCAUUCACAUUCGAUGAUUACAUUCAAGCUAUGCGCUUCUCGUCAGAGGACAUCGAUUGUGAGUUGCUCGUUGAGCUGCACUGUGCCAUUCUGAAAAAGCUGGUCAACUCAGAAGAUGAGGACGGUGCCAUCCAGAUCUCGCUUCCGGACUUCCCCUCUGAAGACUCCGACGAGUCCGGCGACGAAGAGGGGGAGGAGGAGGAAGAAGAAGAGGAAGAAGAGGACGAGGAGGAGCCAGCCAGAGCGACUCGCAUGACAACUCGCGGCAGUCUGGCCAAGAAAGAGGCAGAGGACUUGAAGGCGCUCAUUGAUGAAGACGAGCCUGUUGAGGUCCGUAUCCACCGUGCUGCCGAGAUGUUCGAGAAGUAUGGAUGGAUGGAUCGUCUUCGGAAACGCGACUUCCGUAAUGGUGGAUGGGAGCUUGUGAUGAUUGGCCUCCUCAUCUUGCCCCCCCUCGAUGAACCGCCAACCCAGAAGACUGCUCUGGCACAGUACCGCACUCUUGAUAUCAAUUUGCGUGUCAAGGCGCUUCAGAUGAUUACCAUGCUGAGUCUGGAGACUAAGGCCAUUCGCAAUUUCCUCGAAGAAUGCAGCAACCAGAUGACGGAGUUCCGCAAGGAAAAGAUCGAACACCAGAAAGCCCGCAAAGCGGCAAUGAGUGAACUUCGUCAGCUGCACCAAGAGCGCAAGGCGCUUCAACCCGAGCCUGAAAAGUCACCCUCACCCAUUCCGGAGCUUGAGAUGGAUGGCAUGGACGACUCUAAAAUGACGGGCAUUGAGGGUGAUUCUGAACUUCCCCCCGAUACGGAGGAUGAAGACACUCCCCGACCUCGUGCUUUGCGAGGUGGAGUCGAUCGCGUUCUGGAGCGGAAGCGCAAGCAAGAUGAGGAGCGCGAACGCAAAGAACAACUAGCUAAACAGCCCAAGGGCACCAAGCAGUACCAGCGAAUUUUGAAGAAGAUUGAGGAACAAAAAGCCAAGAUCGCAAAGAUUGAAGAUCAGAUUGAAACCGUUGAUAAUGAUCUGCGCGAGGCUGACUGUCCUCGAACUCGCUGCCUUGGAUUGGAUCGGUUCUGUAACCGUUACUGGUGGUUUGAACGUAAUGCCAUGCCGCACCAAGGGAUGCCAAAUAGUUCAACUGCUGAAGCGCAGUAUGCAAAUGGCCGCCUUUGGGUGCAAGGACCGGACGAAUUGGAACGCUCCGGGUUUAUUGAUUUAACCGAUGAACAGCGCAAACAAUAUCAGAAGCACUUCUCGACCACGCCGGCCGAGCGCAAGAAGCACGAGGAAGGGUCUACCCAUGUCUCCAAUGCUCGUGAAUGGGGCUACUAUGAUGACCCUGAAACCAUUGACCAGCUGAUCUCUUGGCUGGACUCUCGUGGCAACCGAGAGUGCAAACUUCUGAAGGAGCUCCAGCUCCAGCAGGCAUUUAUCGUUAAGUAUAUGAAGAACCGUCAGGCAUACCUGACUGAGCGGGCUGAGCGGGCUGAGUCCGAAGAGAUGCCUACCAAGCGAGUUACUACUCGCACCAAGACCUAUGUGGAUGUUAACGAGCAUCGUCUUCGCUGUCUCCGUUGGCGAAACACUACUGCUCAGACUGAACUUGGACAUCUUCAUGUUGACCCUGACCGACCUGCCAAACGUACUAAACGGGCUUCUGAUGAUACACGCGAGUCCAAGGCUACUCGUGGCAAGCCCUUGCCGCGCCGGGGAUCUCGUCGAGGAUAA